GUUAUCUUCAGUAGUAUCAACGCAUGUUAAACUUUGGAACAUUCCGGAUUUCAGAUCCUAUUAAAUUCGCCACUCUGUCAUCCUCAAACUCGUUACAGUGCACCCAUCCCGCCAUCCGUAUUCAAUCAUAUGAACUGGGCUUUAAUACACAGAAACUUCGUCCUAAAUGCCACCUCUCCGCCUAGGCCACUCCAUUUCAGCUUGUUCGUGGACAAGUGAUUUAUGAGCUAUCCCGUCUUCCCUUCUCACCACCCCAGCACACGACUCGCACAGUACACAGGCAUGUCUGUAAAUUAUCCCACCAAGAUCAAAAACCCGCAGCCUUGGUUCCGACGCAAUCUUUACCUGUUAUUCUUCGCCCUCUUCCUGCUUGUUCUAGGGCUCGGAUUGGGCCUUGGACUCGGUUUAGGUCUUAAUUCAUCCGACAACUCAGGAGAUGCCAAUCAGACAGCAACCCCUACACCCACCACCACGCCCUUGGACGGUGGCGGAGUGGGCACAGGAAACGCUACCAUUUGGCAGCCAGCGGUGGGAAGCACCUGGCAGAUCAUCCUACUAGACGCCCUGUCACCGAGCAUUCUUAACGCCCUCGGUCGCACCUGGAGCAACACGUCGAUCUUUGACAUCGACCUCUUCGCCAACCCCACCUCUACAUUUGCAGCGCUGCAUGGCGCAAACAAGAAAGUCAUAUGCUACUUCAGCGCCGGUUCUUACGAGCCUGGCCGGCCGGAUUCCGGGGAAUUUUCAAAAUCCGAAAUGGGCUUCGAACUCGAUCAAUGGCCUGGUGAGUACUGGCUUAACACGUCUAGUACCAAUGUACGCUCGAUCAUGCUUGCUAGGUUAGAUCUGGCUAAAACAAAGGGUUGCGAUGGCGUCGACCCGGACAAUGUUGAUGGGUAUGACAACAAGAACGGGCUUGGACUUAGCACUGAGACUUCAAUUUCUUACGUUUCAUUCCUGGCAGACGCUGCACAUUCCCGGGGCUUGAGCAUCGGGUUGAAGAACGCAGGUGCCAUCGUAAGCCAGGUUGUGGGCAAGCUGCAGUGGGAGGUCAAUGAGCAGUGUGUGCAGUAUGACGAAUGUGCGCAGUUCCAGCCUUUCAUCGAUGAUGAGAAACCGGUUUUUGGCAUUGAGUACCCCUCUUCUGCUCCGACUGUGAGUAGUAAGACUAAAACUGAAAUUUGUCUCAAUAAGGACUCCCAAGGGUUUUCGACCAUUCUUAAAGAGAUGGACUUAGGGGAGUGGGUUGAUGCUUGUUAGCUGGCGUUUCUGAUAUUUUUACAGUACUUGAAAUUAAUAACUUCAUACAGGGUUGUAAGUGGGAAGAAAUUGUGUCGGGAAUUUAAUGAACUACAGGGAUUUUGAUCUUUGACAAUUGAUAUGCUUCAUAAUGAGAGAAAGAAGUGUAAAAUUCUAAAAUAUGCAUUUUGAUCUUUACAGAAUAGAGAAGCUCUGCCUAAGGAGAUAAAAGGGGGCAUGGAAUGUAAAUUGAUG